AUGGCUAUACUAAUGACGGCGGAAGGAGCUGGCUGUGAGUGGGCCAAGAUGUUGCCAGAAGUUCAACGUAUACUCAACAACAGCGAGACCAAGGUGACUGAUGAUUGGUCACCGCCCGAAGAAUUUCAGGCCCGAGUACGUGAAAAUAUGGAGUUAGAAAACAAGAGAAGGAAGACGGCUUACGAUAUGCACCGUCAUGACAACAUACACUACACGGUAGGAGAGAUUGUUGUAAUGAGGAGGGCAUCCAAUUGCACUGGGGAGUCGACCAAGAUACAAGACAAGUAUCGGGGUCCGUUGGUGGUGACGGAAGUGCUGUCGUCAGAUGUCUACAGAGUGACCGAGCUGAACACUACUAAAGGAAGUCGGUUUGCGACAACAGCUCACGUUUCCCAACUGAAGUCUUGGAAGUUACCAGCUGAUGAUGAAGUGGAAGGAGAUCAGGGUGAGCCAGAGACGGAGUUGCCGUCUGAUCAUGAAGAGGAAGGAGAACUAGGUGACCUUAGAAGUGAAUUGACUAACGUUGAGGAACUACUUCCACCGGAUUCCCGAAUGUCUGUCGCACCAGGUGCUUCUAAUCCUGAUGAUAGGCGUUCCCAGCGUGUGGUACGUAAACCUGCCUGGAUGAGGGAUUAUACAUGUGGAGACAAAUAUAGGAAAUUGGCCAAGGAAAAAUUGGAAAAACAAAGAUUGGCUUUAGAAAAUGUCCCGAAAAUUAAUACAUUAUUUAAUAAGGAAGUAAUUACGUCAGUAAGUGUAAGUCCAAAAAUAUCUUCUAGUGUCAUAGAUUUGGGGGAUAUUAAAACAGUACAGAAUGGUGACAACGAGUUAAUUGGUUCUUCGAAAAAUGGAAAUUUUCUUAUGUCAAUAGAAUUAAUAUCUGAAUUCGAUCCAUUUUUGGCCCAACAUAUUAAUAAAUACGGUAAUGCUGGUCGAGGAUCAACAUCAUAUUUAUCAUCAACUGUUUUUGAAGAAGUAAUUUCUAUAAUGGCGGAAAAAGUAAACAAAUAUUCUGUUGAUGAAAUUAAACGUAGAAAAUACUUUUCCAUUAUAGUUGAUUCAACUCCUGACAUUACACACAUUGAUCAGCUUUCCUUUAUUGUGAGAUAUGUAAAUGACCAAGGUCUACCAGUUGAACGAUUUCUUGAAUUUAUACCAAAAGCGGGUCAUAAGUCUGCAGAGUUAUUUGAUGUAGUCAAUGAUCUCAUAAAACGUUACGGUUUGGAUUGGUCCAACUGUAGGGGACAAUCAUAUGACAACGCUAAUAAUAUGUCCGGCAGUUAUUCAGAUCUCCAAGCACGAGUUAAAGAAAUAAAUAAUUUAAUAUAUUUUGUUCCAUGUGCGGCACAUUCGCUAAAUUUAGUUGGAACGCACGCUGUAGAUGGUUCAAAAGAAGCAGUUAAAUAUUUUGGAUUAAUGCAACAUUAUUUGUUUACGUUCUUUACUAUUUCAACUCAUCGUUGGGAAAUACUCAGUAAUAAUUUGAAACCGGGAACUCAUACGUUGAAACAUCCAUCAUUUACAAGAUGGUCAUCAAGAGAUGCAGCUUGUUUGAGUAUAAAUGAAAAUUGGUCUGAAAUUAUCAAUGCCUUAACAUAUAUAAUGAAUGCUACUACAGAAAAUAAUAUGACUCGAAACGAUUCACAACGACUAUUAAAUAAACUCCAAUCAUUAGAGACUUGCUUUAUGUCUAUAUUAUGGGGUUUUCUAUUGAACAGAUUAAAUGUAGUUAGUGAGAAGUUACAAAAAGUUGAAAUAGAUUGUGGUCUAGUGGUUGAGCUUUACGAUUCUUUAAUUCAACUUAUUACAAAUACUCGUGAAAAUGUUGAUGAAUUUGAAAAAAAAGCAAUUGAAAAAUCUGUUACAAAAGAAUAUAAAGAUUUAAAAACUCAUCAUUUAUUGAAUGAACUUAACAAGAGAAGAGCUGCGUAUCAAAUUUUUUUUUUUCCAUUUGCUUUUAUUGUCAUGCUUGAACGUCUAUCACAUGAUGAUAUUGUUAAAGGAGCUACACAACUUAAUGAAAUAUACCAUGAUGAUAUGGAUUUAAAUGAAUUAAUCAAUGAAUGUUUACAUUUAAAAGCACACAUAAUACAACUGGCUGACGAUAAGCAAAACAAUGUUCCCAAACUUCUUCAAAUUUUACAUGAAAAAAACUUAAUUUCAAUAUAUCCCAACAUCGAAAUAGCACUCAGAAUAUAUACAUCUACUGCGGUGACUAACUGUUCAGCUGAAUAUUCUUUUUCUUGCUUGAAAAGAAUAAAAAAUUAUCUCCGAUCAACGAUGUCACAAGAUCGAUUAAAUGCACUUGCUAUACUAAGUAUUGAACAUGAAUUAACUAAUCAGUUAUCAUAUGACGACAUCAUAGAAGACUUUGCGAAAAAAAAAUCAAGAC